AUGUAUAAAAAAUGGUUGUCUUCCUCGUCACUACGUCAAAUUUGCAAUGGGCAAGCGUCAGCCAAAAGGAAGUUGCGUUCGAGAAAAGUGUGUUUUUGGUGGAAAAUCACUUUUUCGGGAGAUGUUUAUCCGUCAUGUUCGAAAGGAGUUACUGUGAGCAGUGUAUGCAUUGCCGCCACCACCCCCAUCAUUACGGCCUCUUCCUCACACCACCAUAGCGCAACUGAUAUCAGUCGAAUAACAAAAGUAGUGAGGGUGAAUUGGGUUGCCAAGUUCCAUAGGACUUGCUGCAGAUAUUCUUCUAGACUGUUGAAAGACGGUAAUACUGGAAUUAACAAGAACUCUACCGGUCAGAGACAUCCAUCCGUACAAAUCCACCAAGUUAGAGUGUAUGUUUCGCAAGGGUUGUAUGUGCGUAUGAUUUGCGGCACAUAUGGGGGAGGUGACUUAAACAUUUCUCCAAUUUCUCAUCCUCGACUUUUUUUGGAAUAUGUUAUGGCACUGCUACCGUCGCGAAGAACGACAUGA